UGAAAAGCAAAGCCGGGGCAGAGAUUUUAAAGGGAAGCGGGGACAGCCUCCCGAGGGGGGUGGUUCCCUGUUUCCCUCUAACCCGCAGAAACUCCCUUUGGGGGCUUCGUUUUCUUCCCGUCCGAUUCAGCUUCUUCUAAGCUGGAAGAAGUGCAGGAUUGACGCAGGGGGUUCACAGCCAGCCGGGAUAGGCAGCCUUGGCUCUCCAGCUGCUGUUGAACUACAGCUCGGACUGUAUUGGCCCCCAAGGAUUGUGGGAGUUGUAGUUUAACAAUAGCAAGGCGGCCUACCCUUACACACACGUAACAACAACAACAACAACAACGCGGGCCCAGAGAGGCACGGAGCCCAGAGCAGUGUACAUGCUUAUGUUUACCCUCGCAACAGCUCUGCCAGGAUAGAAACUUAGUGGAGAGCAAAGCAACCUUUUCAUAUUCCUGGAAGCUGCCCUGGGAAUACAGAGCAAAGAUGGAAGAGCUGGACUCGGCUAACCCUGCAGGAGGAAGAGGCCCCUUUGCCAUCCGGGCUGGCAGCAGUGGGUUAUUCUGGGGGGAAAACAUGCAGAAGAGAUUGGGAGAGGACACUACCAGUUCAGAUGCACAGGGCCAGCGUUUCCGGCAGUUCUGCUACCAGGAGGCCGAGGGGCCCCGACAGAUUUGCAGCCAACUCCACAGCCUUUGCCACCAGUGGCUGAAGCCAGAGAGACAUACAAAAGCUCAGAUCCUGGACCUGGUGAUCCUGGAGCAGUUCCUGGCCAUCCUGCCCCCAGAGAUGGAGAGCUGGGUGAGAGAAUGCAGAGCAGAGACCAGUUCCCAGGCAGUGGCCCUGGCAGAAGGUUUCCUCCUGAGCCAGGCAGAGGACAAGAGGCAGGAGGAGCAGCAGAGGCUGUCAAGAGUGGACACCGAUUUCUCCAAGGCAGAGAAGGUUCCAUUGGAUCUCAGGCAGGAGUCCCUCUUCAGGUGGAUUGUAGAAGAAGGUGACAGAGGGGCCAUCUUGCUGGGUGGCAAAAUCACACUGGCUCUUCAGUCCAGGACUUCUCCUCUUUGUGGUGGGGCCGAAAGAGUCUCUCUGCAACUGGACCAGGGUCUGCUCAACUUUGAGGAGGUGGCUGUGAAUAUCUCCGACGAGGAGUGGGCCCUGCUGGAUCCAGACCAAAGGGCUCUGCACGGAGAAGUCAUGGAGGAAAUCUGCGAGCAUCUGGCCUCUCUGGGUGAUCGAGGGGAGAGCGAGAAAGAGGGUGAGCUGCCGAGAAGAAAAACUGAACCAGAAUAUCAGGGGAUGGAGACAUUUGCUUCUGAAUGCUCUGAAUUCCAUGAAACGAUAGUCAAAAAAGACAAUUGCGGAGGAAAGUCAAGCAUUAUUAUAUGUAAGAGAAAAUAUGAGUGCUCAGAGUGCGGAAAGAGCUAUAGCCACAGCUCACACCUUACUUUGCAUCAAAGAAUUCACACAGGGGAGAAACCGUAUCAAUGCUCAGUCUGUGGGAAAUGCUUCAGCCGUAGUGUACACCUCACUCGCCAUCAAAGAAUCCACACAGGGGUGAAACCAUAUCAAUGCCCGUUGUGUGGAAAGAGCUUCACUCAGAGGUCGCAUCUUACUCGCCAUCAAAGUAUCCACACAGGGGAGAAACUAUAUCAGUGCUCAGAGUGUGGAAAGCGGUUUUCUCAAACAUCACCGCUUAUUCGCCAUCAAAAAAUCCACACAGGAGAGAAACCCUAUCAGUGCUUGAUGUGUGGGAAAAGCUUCAGCCGGAUGUCACACCUUACUUUGCAUCAAAGGAUCCACACAGGGGAGAAACCAUAUCGGUGCUUGGUGUGUGGAGAAAGCUUCAAGCAGAACUCAGACCUCACUGCCCAUCAAAGAAUCCACUCAGGAGAGAAACCAUACCUGUGCUCGUUGUGUGGAGAGAGCUUCGCUCAGAGGUCACAACUUGCUUGCCAUCGAAGAAUUCACAGAGGAGAGACAAUAUGUCAAUGCUCAGUGUGUGGAAAGAGCUUCAGUAGCAGCUCGCAGCUUACUUCCCAUAGUAGAACCCAUUCAGGGGAAGAACCAUCAGCAGUGUGUCCACUGCAGAAGGGGAGGGAGGAGGCUGAAGACUCUCCUCCUCUGCUUCUGAUUGGCUGGCUAAGUAGUGAAACUCAGCCUGCCCCUCCCCUCAGCCUGACCGACAGGAUUCAGAAAAUUAGCACUGAGUACUCCAAUUGGAAUUAAUAGGGUAUGUAAACUUGUCCUAUUAAUUUCAAUAAGACUACUUAUGAGUAACUUAGUGUGGAUGUGAGCCAGUAGUAGCAUGCCUCCAUAAGUGGAACACUUUUAAGUUUGUGCUUUUGUGUAGACACACAUGCAUCACGAAUUUAAAUGGUACCGUUAUGAGAUGGGCUACUCCAGUCUCUGGCUUACCUCCAAAUUAAGUUAUUUAUUUAUUAUUCAACUUCUGUACUGCUUUUUACAAAACUCAUCCCAAGGCAGUUUACAAAAGUUACUACACAAUAAAACACUAUAAUAAUCACCACAAUAAAAAACUUAAAUCAAUGGAAAGCAAUAUGAACCAUGAACACACCAGCAUAAAAGACAAAGGUAGGGCAAUAGGAGAGCAGAGCAAUUGACAGCCCCUAAGUGGGGCGGAGGGAGAAGCCUGAACAAAUAAAGCUUUUUAGUUGUUUUUCCAAAGCAGCCACAGACAGCGGAGAAGGGACACCCAGCAGGAGAGCAUUCUGGAGCCUGGGGCCAACCACCGAGUAGGCCCUGCCCCGUGUGCAUGGCAAUUGAGUCAUCCUCAAUGUCAGCACCUGGAGCAGAGCCACCUUUGAUUAACUUUGCUUGUCCUACUAACUUCAGUGGGGGUACUCAUAAGUAACGUCAUUUGGACGUAAGCUAGUGACUGGAGUAGCCUGUUUCAUGACUGUGCAUAUUCAUACACAGAUGUGUGUGCCUGCACACUCACUAAUUCACACUCUUUGUGGGGUACUUCUAGCCAAAGGCCUGCAAUAGAAGGGGUACAUUGGUUUACAAAAGGUCAGAAAGUUCUAGGGAACUUUCACCAGGGGAAGUUGCUCUAGGGAAAGUUACCAAUUUGAUUUCUUCAUGAUUAAUUUUGUAAUAAUUAAUGCAGGUCAGGCCUGGUUCUUAUAAAAA